AUGUUUCAUAAAUCUGGUGUUAAAUGCCUAACAAUAAGAACAGACCAAAGAAGUCUUGGAACCGAGCAUGUCGAGGUGAAGAUCUACUUGAUCGGUGUGUUCGCCACUUUCAUCGCCAUUCUCUCGAUCAUCUUCAACACAUUCUUUACUAUAGUGUUUCUAACAAAUGAGUCCAUAAAGAAAUCUUCCGCGUUCUAUUUUGGCAUUUUGGCUGUGAUAGACACAAUAAUGGCGGUGAAUUACAUCGCAGUGAUGUCAUUACCGGUUUCAUCGGUGGUGGAAGUGAUUACGAACGAGAUGAGACAUCUGCGGAACACGGUCAGGCGGCUGCUCUUCGAUAACGAUAUGUCUGCAGCGUGA